UUAAGCAUCGUCUCUAUUUUCAAAAUAUCCUGCCCGCCGCAAUGGCGGACAUUGUGGCGCCGUGUUCUUGCUCCUCCGCCGCCUCCUCCUCCGCCAGCGCUCAGUUCGCACGCAGCUGGUGGAGCUUCUCGCUCAAUCUUGGCGGCAGCUGCAUCGCCUCCUCCAAGCGGAGGAGAAAUUCCGGCAAUGUAGGGUUUGUCAUCCGGGCAUCGGCUUCUUCUCACGACGCGUCCACUUCUACUGCUGCCUCUUCCUCGAAUUCCGCCGCAAAGGAGAGUGGACGCUUGUCGCUGAAUGGCAGUUCCAGCUACGCCACGAGAGCACUGGAAUGGGUCACGGGGACGGCUCUGGAUUUUCGAGGAGCGACAGACCCGUUAAUUCCCACUCCUCUAGCCGCUGGCAAGAGGUUCUUUCUCGUGAGGCAUGGAUUAAGCUCAUGGAACGAGGAGGGCCGGAUUCAGGGCAGCUCAGACAAGUCGGUUCUCACGGAGAUUGGAGUUUCGCAAGCACAACGGUGCAAACAUGCUCUUUCGAAGAUUAAGUUUGACAAGUGCUACGCUAGUCCCAUCUCCCGAGCCAAGUCUAGUGCCGAGAUUAUGUGGUCUGGUCGCGAGGAGCCAUUGAUUUUUCUUGAGAGUUUGGGAGAAGCCAACCUGCUGUUCCUAGAAGGAAUGAAAAAUCAGGACGCAAGGCAAGAGUUUCCCGAACUGUUCAAAGCCUGGAGAGAAGAUCCAAGGAACUUCAACGUGAAUGGCGUCUAUCCCGUCGUCAAUCUGUGGGGCAGGGCGAAGAAAGCUUGGGCCGAAAUGCUCGCCGGAUCUGGACAAACCGUGCUCGUUGUUACUCACAAGUCGAUUCUUCGAGCACUCAUUUGCACAGCACUGGGAUUAGAACCGGAAAGAUUUCGAGCGAUCGACAUAAACAACAGUGGGAUCUCGAGCUUUACGGUGAACAAGCUCGGGGAGCCAAUGCUCGACAGCUUGAAUCUCACAGCACAUUUACACGCUGACGAUGUGUUCUACUAAAAAAUCCCAUCCAUUAAAGAAGAAAAAUAACGUUUGGGUUUC